AUGACACCAUACAGUCCCCGGCUUCACAACGAGGUUUACCCUUUCAUUGCACCCUCAAAAUUUAGAAACUCUCUUGAAAACAAGAUCGCUCUUAUCACCGGAUCUGUGGGAACGAUCGGCCAGGCCCUUUCGCUGUGCUUUGCUGUUGCCGGAGCAAGACUCGUGCUAGUGUACAAUAGAACAGAGCCACCAGCCUCAUUUCUAUCAAAAUGUCAAGAAUUGGGAGCAAGCUCAGUUACGUCCCUGAAGUGCGACGUCUCAGAAUUAGAGGGCUGUGAGAGCCUCUUGAACGAGGUGAAUCGAACAAUUGGCAAGGUAGAUAUCCUAGUAAAUAAUGCAGGUGUUGAUAGCUUGGGACCUUUUCACGCGCAUGACCCCAAGAAUUUUCUUAGGGCAAUGUCAGUCAAUCUUCAUGGGCCGUAUUUUCUGAGUCGACUUUUACUCCCCGAUUUCAUGGAGCGACGCAGUGGCUGUAUCAUUAAUAUUGCCUCGCGUGCUGGCUCGUCGGAUAUGCCAUUCAAUGGGCACUACUCAAUCAGCAAGGCCGCAAUGAUAAGAAUGACUGGAUGCAUGCAGGCGGAGCUGAGUAUCGCUGGUUUUGACGACAUUCACAUCUAUGCUCUGCAUCCUGGAGCAAUUCCAUCCAACAUGGCCUCCGCCGGUAAGCAUAACGGGCCUCGAAUUUCACAGAAGGGUGAGACUGCUGACCAAAAGUCAGAAUCGGCGCGAGAAGCCUUGCGUGAUUUUCCCGAGUUGCAACAGGUGAUGAUUGGUGCCCUUGAUCACUUCAAGGACUCGCCAUACCUGACUGGUAUGGCUAGUGUCGCCUUAGCCACUGGUAUUGCGAAGAAUAUACUCAGGGGGAAAUAUUUCGACGUUGAGCAAGAUUUGGAAGAUGUCAUAAGCCAGGCCUCCGAAUUUGAAGCAGACCCAGAGCUAUAUACGCUCCAUACCAAAUUCCUGGGCGGGCUGCCGAACGAUGGCGGAACCGAGCUCCGACCGGCUGAAGAUCCAGUUUCGUUUCCCGGCUUCUAG